AUGGGCAACAACAGCUCCAUCCCGAGCCAGACUUGCCGGUUCUUCGACCUACCCGCCGAGAUGAGGAACGAGAUCUACUUCCUGACACUCAAGCAUGAUCGGCAAACUGGCAGCAAGGCAACGCCGGCGCUACUGCGUACGUGCAAGCAGAUCUAUGCCGAGGCGAUCCAGGUUCUGCAUGCACAGAGUAUGCUCUCCAUCAAGAUCGACCACUGGUACAGUUCCUUCCUCAAGGACAGGAAGAUUGUCGUUCGCAUGGUGUACAUCAUCUACUACGGCACCUCCUGGCAGAGUGCCUUCUGCUAUAGCCUCGGGCUGUGCAAGCCGCUCCCAGCAGAUACCAUGAGGAUCCGCAACCUUCAUCUGUACUUCGCACACUCGCCCUAUUUCGAGAAUCGCAUUUGCAUGAAUGCUGGCAGAUCUUCAGAGACGGUUACAACGAAAUAG